AUGCGUGCUCAAGUCCUCGAAGCCUACAACGAGCCGUACCGGCUACAUGAAGUACCCCGGCAUAACUCUCCUCAAGGUCAAGAUCUUUUGAUCAAAGUACAAGCUGCCUCAUAUUGCCAUACGGAUGCUGUGCUUGCAGCUGGACUCCGGCCCACAAAUCUUCCACGAGUAGGCUCCCAUGAAAUUGCCGGUGUCAUAGAGGAGAUAGGGCCUCAGGUCGACCCGAGUCGUGGCUUCAAGAUCAAUACUCGCGUCGGCGUACCUGCUCGGACCUACCAUUCUUGUGGCACUUGUUCCGAAUGCCAACACCCUGAAGCCGACUCACCCGGCUACAGUAUAUUUUGUGAAAAGUCACAAGGUGUGGGUCUCGAUGUCGAUGGCGGUUUUCAGGAUUAUUGUCUCGUGGAUUCGCGACAGUGUGUGGUCAUUCCUGAUAGUCUGAGCGCAGUCGACACUGCACCGUUGAUGUGUGCCGGUCUGACGAUUUGGAAUGCCCUCCUGAGAGCAGGCGUACCCUUGAAGGAGAACGGUGGUGCGAAUCGAAAAAUCGCCAUCCUUGGGGCCGGAGGCGGACUGGGUCACUUGGGGGUACAGUUUGCGGCCAAAUUGGGUUGCAAGGUUGUGGCAGUGGAUGCUUCUGACAAGCCCCUCCAGCUCUUGAGGAAUGUCGUGGACCGACUUGGACCCGAUGGGAAACAGGUCAUGGUCGUCGACGCUCGAAGUCAGAAAGUCGAGGAGAUCCGCACGAAAGUCAAUGAAGGGUCUGGGAGCAGUGUGAACCAAGGUGUCGACGCAAGCAUUGUUCUGCCAGAGAACCAAUUAGCCUUCAACUACGCCAUGAAGUUACUCGGCAAUCAUGGAACCUGUGUCGUAGUGAGUUUUCCCGAAGAUGGCUUCAAGGUCGAUGCGAAGGACCUGGUGUAUCGGGACAUAAGGUUGAUGGGAUCGUUAUGUGGGCGCAUACAACAGUUGCAGGAGAUGAUCGACUUCACCGUCAAGCACGGAAUCAAAUCUGAAACCCGUGUGUAUUCCCUGGAGAACGUAAACGAUCUUGUCGCCGAUUACCACGCUGGUGUGGGCGGCAAACUUGUGGUGGACUUGACACUAUCAGCACCAACAACGACAUGA